CUGCUCCUGCGUCACUUCUGGCCCCACCACCAAAGGGGCGGUGCUGACGCCAGCGGAGGCGGAAGUUAGUCAGUGGCUGGUUCCGGCGACUGUCCUCGGUGGGAUCCCGGCGCAGGCGCGGUGGCUUCAGGGGCAGGGACUCGCGGCCCCGCCUCAGCGAGACGACCCCCUUUAGCCCGGGAAUCCCGGGACUUUACCCGAGUGAUGCCCCGCUAUUGCGCCGCGAUUUGCUGUAAAAACCGCCGAGGACGAAACAAUAAAGGCCGGAAGCUGAGCUUUUACCCAUUUCCUCUACAUGACAAAGAAAGACUUGAAAAGUGGUUAAAGAAUAUGAAACGGGAUUCUUGGGUUCCCAGUAAAUACCAGUUCCUGUGUAGUGACCAUUUUACUCCUGAUUCUCUUGACAUCAGAUGGGGUAUUCGUUAUUUAAAACAAACUGCAAUUCCAACAAUAUUUUCUUUGCCUGAAGACUGUCAGGGAAAGGACCUUUCCAGAAAAAAAUCUCAGAAGAAGAAAUUGGAAGAUGAGAACAAAGUAUGUCGAAAACCCAAGUCCGAAAAAUCAUUUAUAUCAGAUGAGGCAAAAAAAAAUUCAGUUAACACAGAUGUGCUCACUGAACAUGCAGAAUUACCUGAUUCAUAUGCCAUAGUGAAUCCACCAGCUCCAAAAACAGCAAAGGUAAAAACAGGAAAAAGGGAAUUAAAGUCAAAAGCAGAGGAAAAGGCAUCCCAACUUUGGGGUGAUGGAAAGCUCCAACACAAGAGCUACCCUGCAGAACUAAAGAGCCAUCAGCCCAAAUGAGAGGAAGACAGAAGCUCAGGAAGAGAACUCUUCAGGAAGAUGAAACUUGUACCAGGAACUGAACUCAGGACCUUGCGCUUCCCUGGCAGGUACAGCAUCUUACAUUAUUUUUUUGAUAUCUGCAGGAUCUAUAAUAAUAUCUAUUUACUAUUUUGUUCCUGUUAUUAUUGACCAAUCCCUGAGUUAAGAAUCAUCUUUAAUUACCUUCACAGAUUGGUAAAUAAAGCCCCAGUAGUGACUUACAUAACUUUCUGGUUCAAGACAUCAAAGUUGGCCAUUAGCUUUUGAUGUGCAAUGCACUGUUUUCUGAUGUGUGUCAUUAACCUAAAAUAUCCCACAAAAUUUUAUUGAACAGAUGACCAAAACUACUACUUAAAUGAAAAAUAGCACCAAGCAAAAUCCAGGUCUCAUAAGUCUUACAUGCCUUCAUUUAGUACAGCAAUUAAGAAAAAUUACUGGGAAAUAUUUCAGACCUAGAUGGGAAAAACUGAAGAUUAAGGCUGUUACAAAUUGCAGCAUUUUAAAGAAAAUUUCUCUUUUGAAAAGUAAUCAGUUGGUGACAAACUGCUUGGCGUCAGUCCCUAGCCCUCAUGAUUGUUGAUGCCACCAUCAGUUUCUUCCCUCCUUGAGCAAGUAUGCCAUGCUCCAUCAAGAACUAGAGGGCAGAAUCUUCUCUUGAAUCUGGACUGGCUUUAGUGACUUGGUUGAUGUUCUGGGGCUUCCAAAGCAUGAUCAUAAAAAGCAUUACAGCUUUGGCCUGGUCCUCUUAGGAAAUACUCUCUUGGAGAAACAACUUGUCACAUAAGAAGUCAGACUACCUUUAUCUCACCCGCUCUGGAAGUCACGUAAGGGUGCUCCAGUCAACAGUUCUAAACCAAGCCUUCUAGCCAUUCCCCCUGGGAUACCAGACAUGUAAGUGAAGCCAUGUUGAACCCUUCAGAUUACUCAUCUACCACUGAACACCACUAAGAAACUUCAGUCAAUGUCAUUUGGAGUAGAAGAAGUCAAACCAUGUCUAAAUACUUGACCAAUGAAAUCAUGAAAUACAAUAAAAUGUUUCUUUUUUUUAAAACCACUAAGUUUUGUCAUUAAAAAAAAGCAAAGCAAUGAUUAUUAUAAACAGAGGUAUAUUAGUCAUUUUUCCUGUUGCUGGGACAAAGUAACUGAAAUCCAGCCAGGUGCGGUGGUGCAUGCCUGUAAUCCCAGCACUUGGAAGGCUGAGGCAGGAGAAUUACUAUGAGUUUGAUGCCAGCCUGGGCCACAAAGUGAGUUCAAGACCAGCCUGAAUUACACAGUGGGACCCUGUCUCAAAAACCAAAACCAAAAACCAAACCAAAACAAAAAACAAAUCUGACAUCCACAACUUACAGGAGGAGAGGCUUAACUUGGCUCAUGGUGCCAUGGCAUUCAGUACAUGGUUGUCACGCUCCACAAGCAGGAACAUCAUGGCAGAAGUGCAGUGGAGCAAAGAUGUUUAGUUCAUGGUGGUUUGGAAUCAGAGUGCAGAACAGCACCAAAGAGGAAGGGAUGAGGGACCAGACAUAAACCCUAGGUCACACCUCCUUAACCAUGCAGACACAUCCAGAAGUAAGCUUUAUUAAUCCCCUGGGUGGCUCCCAAGCCAAUCAAGUUGACAACCCAGCUUAACAGGGCAAACAUUCCUAUCAUCUGAUCUUGUAAAAACACCUAUGGUGUUCCAGAUUAGUUGCGAGAACCUAGAAAAAUUCCACCCAAGUUUGCCAUGCUAAGUAGUACACAUGUAUUUGUUAUUCUUCUUCAUGGUGUUAAAAUAAGAACACAAUAUAUAAAAAUUAUAGAAGUUUUUGCCAACAAUUAUUUCAAUUUAGGAUAAUUAUUUUUUUCUCAUCAAUUGAUUUAGGCAUAUUUUUAAUGCUCAAGAUGCUAUGGUGAACAGAACUAUCAGAUUACUGGAUGUCAUCUUGAACAGAAAAUAAAAACAUCAUGUAUAUUGGAUGUACACAAGGCCUCAUGCAACUUAAAAGUGAUGCUGAGCUUUGCAGGUGCUUUAGCAGAAGAAACAUAAGUAGUACAACAAUGGUGAGCAUAUAAAUAAAACCAUUAAAUGUAGUCAAAUAUUUAGCACUUUUCAAACAGCAUGCUGGCUCAUAAAUUACAUUUGAUAAAAGCCUAAUAACUAAUUUGGCUUGGUGAGAACUUAGUUAUCUGGAUGUCAAAUGUGAGUUUUUAAUCUUCGUUUUUAUUUUUAUUUAUUUAUUUAUUUUUGGUACCAGGAAUUGAACUCGGGUCCUUGUGCUUGCAAGGCAGGCAGCAGAACCACUGAGCUAAAUCCCCGGCCCCCUUUGUUUUUAUUUUUAAUGAAGAAUAACUUUACUGUAACAGAAAAUAGAGUCAAUAUCUAAAGUUGUUGAUUCCUGUUCUGUUUGAGGAAGGAUCAUUCUUAUUGAAUGAGCUCAGCUAAAAAAAAAAAGGAAUAGAAAUUGUUGCUAUUAAAGAUUCACCUCUCCUUGGGGCAUAUUAAAUAUCAUAAAAAUGCUUAAAAGGAUUCUGUGUGACUACAAAGCUAGCUUUUUUUUUUUUUUAGCUUUAAAGAAGCAUUGUCAGACUGUCCAGAUCAUGGAAGAAAAUAAGGAGUAGAAGAAGUGGCUCACAUGCCUAUAGACCCUAGAAGGAAACUGACUCGAAUGACUUAAAUUUCCAGCUUCACUUUUAUUAGCUUAGAGGGGCAGUUUUCAAAGUAUUUUUCUGCUGCCAAAAUGAAAGUCGUUAAUUAGAGUGCAGACUUACAAAUAAAAUGGCAUGUAAACACUAAAUAUUACAUAUCCUAAAACUUGAUGGUUAGGUAAGUUCAUUAUAAUGACCAUUUUAGAAAAGAUCUAUUUCUCAGGACACAAACUGGAUCUACGUCUGUGGUAGAGUUGUUUAUAUUUGGCAAUCAUUACAGUAUUAGGAAAUAAGUAGAAAUGUGAUCUUAUCACUUGAAACUAGUAAAAUAUAGAAAUAUAUAGAAAUAUUUUAUUCACUGAGUGAAACUAAUUACUUUAGUGCCUUGUGGCUUACAACUGUAUUGUGAUACAAUAAAGACUAUAAUAAAAUAAAAGCUAUUUUUGUUUUUUUUAAUGUAUAACUCAAAAGCUAGUGUGCACUGGUUCUAUACAUUGAGGAAGAUGUUAGUCUUUCCAAUAUUCCUGAGAAUUCAUUAAUUCCUUCAUCCUUUUACCAACAAAUCUUCAAUGAGCAUUCUAUA